CUAGGAAGACAACAAACCCUACUACCCCCUGGGUGGAUUCCGCCGCCGCCGCGGUCUUCGGCGCCGCUUUCCUUUGCUGCUCGCGGUGGCCCUCUUGUUCCAGAAGAGGGGAAAAUCGUUCGGAGUACUCGUGCUGUGGGAAAAAGGAAAAUAGUUAAGGGUCGCGCUGCGGCAAAAGGCAAAAUCGUUAAGGGUCGUGAUGAUUCGGAUGAGGACGAAAAGCCAUACGAAAGAACCAAAAUCAGACGGAUGAUAGAUUCCGGUAUUUCUAUCCCGACGAGAUCACUUACGACGAUCUGAGUGGCGAGGAAUUGGAACCCGAUUUUCGAGAAAAGUAUUUCCCUUUUCUUACACAACGACAAAUAACCUUCAAUGGAUAUCAACACCGCGUAAUCUACAACAAGACUUUCAGGCGAUAUUGCAGGCAAGCUAAUUCGAGUCAGGAGUCUGGAGUUUCAUACUCCCCAAAAGUAGUUAGCUGUAUCAUUUUGAUGGAACAGAAGCCUCUUUGGAAUUCUCUAUUUUGCAACUGAGUAGCUUUAAUCUCAGGUGCACUCCAAAAAAUGAUCUCGCGUUGUGUAUUGUUUGCUUAAAGGUUUGGUUUCUAUUGCUUAAAGUUUUCCCAUGCUUAUCAUGCCACAUAUAUCUCCCCAUCACUCACUUAUCCCAACCGGUGAUUUCUUCUCUAUGAUGCUUAGCCGAUGUUAGCCGAAGUUCAUAUUGCAAAUUUUCCCAGAUCUAAAUAAAGGUUGCAGAUGAAAACCCAAAGUCUCUGCUGUUGCAUACUUCAGUGUCACCAUACUUAGUUUCAGGUCUCAGCACUGCACUUUUCCUCAUUUUUGCACCAUUAUUAUCAAUGUAAUAAUCGAUGAAUCUGUUUGAUGAUGGUCUUCAAUGGCAUUCACUGUAAAAUGUGUGUUUUUGAAUAAUUAUUCUGAUCAUCCAUCGAUCUAUCUUGCACGUAACUCUUCUACGUUAGAGGGAGAGAAUGAACAUCCUUGGUUUCGCUCUGUGUUGGACUGUCCUUUUGCGCAAGAUGUGUGACCGCAAUUGUCGGUUCAAGAACAUGAACAGUAUGAGCGGGGCACCAUCCAUAAGUUGGAAACUUGGAAGACAACAAACCCUACUACCCCCUGGGUGGAUUCCUCCGCCGCGGCGGUCUUCGGCGCCGCUUUCAUUUGCUGCUCGCGGUGGCCCUCUUGUUCCAGAAGAGGGGAAAAUCGUUGGGAGUACUCGUGCUGCGGGAAAAAGGAAAAUAGUUAAGGGUCGCGCUGCGGCAAAAGGCAAAAUCGUUAAGGGUCGUGAUGAUUCGGAUGAGGACGAAAAGCCAUACUAAAGAACCAAAAUCAGACGGAUGAUAGAUUCCGGCAUUUCUAUCCCGACGAGAUCACUUACGACGAUCUGAGUGGCGAGGAAUUGGAACCAGAUUUUCAAGAAAAGUAUUUCCCUUUUCUUACCCAACGACGAAUAACCUUCAAUGAAUAUCAACAACGCGUAAUCUACAGCAAGACUUUUAGGCGAUAUUGCAGGCAAGCUAAUUCUAGUCAGGUAACUCUUCUACGUUAGAGGGAGAGAAUGAACAUCCUUGGUUUCGCUCUGUGUAGGACUGUCCUUUUGCGCAAGAUGUGUGACCGCAAUUGUCGGUUCAAGAACAUGAACAGGACUGUAUGAGCGGGGCACCAUCCAUAAGGUACUAGUACUAUUUGUUCAGUACAUAUAUUGGUUCUUUGGAGGGGAUAAUGCUUGUGAUGGGGGGUGAUCAAUAGCAAUUGAGUGAUUGCUUUUGUAAUGUUACUAGAAAGAAAUUAGGUCCGAUUUGGUGGGGCCACAAGGGUGCAUUUCAUAUGGCACAGGAAGGGGUUGGUUCUAGGUACCUAUAAUUAGGUGUUAGGAAUAUUUGUUUGGUACAUAAACUGGUUCUUUUUUG